AAUGCCCACUAGCGGGAGCCCAGGCGCUCUGUCCGGGAGCGCAGCCCCGGCUAAAAUUGCAGGAGUGGGAGGGGAGCGAGCCAGCUGGAUCCCGAGUCGCUGAGCGAGCCGGCCCUCGCUCCGCCGCCGAUGACUCCGGAGCUCAGGCCCAAGCGCCGCCCAUGCAGCAUCCUUGAGCUCCGCCGAACCAGAGUUCAUGAAAAAUCAUUUAACAGUCUCCGCGGCGGGGAGCCAUGAGCUGUCUGGAUGUUAUGUACCAAGUCUAUGGUCCUCCGCAGCCUUACUUCGCAGCCGCCUACACCCCCUAUCACCAGAAGCUAGCCUAUUACUCCAAAAUGCAGGAAGCCCAAGAGUGCAACGCCAGCCCCAGCAGCAGUGGCAGUGGCAGCUCCUCAUUUUCUAGCCAAACCCCAGCCAGCAUAAAAGAGGAGGAAGACAGCCCAGAGAAAGAGCGCCCACCAGAGGCAGAGUACAUCAACUCCCGCUGCGUCCUCUUCACCUAUUUCCAGGGGGACAUCAGCUCCGUGGUGGAUGAACAUUUCAGUAGGGCCCUGAGCCAGCCUAGCAGCUACUCCCCGAGCUGUACCAGCAGCAAAGCACCAAGGAGCUCUGGUCCCUGGAGAGCAGACAGCUCCUUCCCGAUGAACCAGCGCAGCUUUCCCGCCUCCUUCUGGAACAGCGCGUACCAGGCACCAGUACCCGCACCUCUGGGCAGUCCUCUGGCCGCGGCUCACUCUGAGCUACCCUUCGCCACCGCAGACCCCUACUCUCCCGCGGCGCUGCACAGCCACCUGCACCAGGGCGCAGCCGAGGCAUGGCACCACGCGCACCCGCACCACGCACAUCCCCACCACCCGUAUGCGCUGGGCGGCGCCCUUGGCGCCCAGGCCGCUGCCUACCCGCGACCUGCCACUGUGCAUGAAGUCUACGCGCCGCACUUCGACCCUCGCUAUGGUCCUUUGCUGAUGCCCGCCUCCUCCGGGCGCCCGGCUCGUCUUGCAACAGCUCCGGCACCCGCACCCGGCAGCCCACCUUGUGAGCUCUCCGCAAAGGGCGAGCCAGCCGGAGGCGCGUGGACCGCGCCCGGGGGGCCCUUCGUGAGCCCUGCGGGGGAUGUGACCCAGAGCCUGGGCCUCAGCGUGGACUCAGGUAAGCGGAGGAGGGAGUGUAGCCUCUCCGGAGCCCCUCCAGCGCUGUACCCGACCCUGGGCUAAGCCUUAGACCCCUUUAGUCUUGGGAGACUCCGGGACUCUGUGGUCAGAAUCUGCAUGGAUUGUGUUUGGGCUGAUACAGAACCCUGUGCCAUCGAUGUGGGCUGGGUUAGAAAAUAGGAUCCUGCCCUAACCUGGCUAUAAAAUAUUACAGAAGACUCCCUCCCCUCUUUUCUUUUUAAAUAAAAUCUGGUGCAAAGGUUCUAGCUCUGCGCUGUUCAGAAUUGUAGCCACUAGCCACAGUGUGACUACUGAGCACUUAGUAUGUGUGACUAGGGCAAAUUAAGAUGUGCUGUCAGUACAUAAUACACACUGGGGUUUCAAAAACAUUGUGCUAAAAAAUAAUGUAAAAUUCACCUCGUUAAUAUUUUUAUAUUGAUUUUGCAUGUUCAAAUAUGUUCAAAACGUUGCAUAUUAAAUAUAUUGGGUUAAAUAAAACAUACUAUUAAAAUUCUUACUUGUUUCUUUUUUACUUUUUUUUAAAAAUGUGGCUGCUAGAAAAUUUAGGAUUAUGCCUCUGGCUCCCACUGUAUUCCUAUUGGACAGCGCUGAUCUAGAGUACCUGCUGAGAGUGUAGUUUAAAAUACUGUAUGACUUGCUUGGGGCUCUCCUAGUGACAGUCAUGUGAUUCUUAGAUCAGCUUAAUUGCCAAAUUAAAUAGGAAUCUUAAAAUGUAAAACUUACAGACUGUGAUUUUAACGAUAAUGCUGAGAUGCUAAAUCUCUGACUUAAUUUGAAAGGUAUAAAUGAGGAUUUUUUUUUUUUGCUUUUUUUUAUUUUUAGAACAAAUGGAAAAAAAUGUUAUAUUAAAAGUGAAACAACUAGCUUGUAGUCUUCUCCACUCAGGUGAAGAUUUACUUUUCUGUUUGCUUUGAUUUUACUUUCAUUCACCAUUUACCCUUUCCCCCUUUAGAUGAAGUCUGUGACUUUCACAAUAAAACAGUGGUGUUUUGUUUUUCUCUUUUCUUAAAUAUCUUGUGCCUUCCCUCCCCCUUCCUUCUCUCUCCCUCUCUUUUUGUUUUUCCUUUCUUUCUCUCUCUCCCUCCCUCCCUCUCUCUCUCUCCCUCCUUCUCCUUCCCCCCCCCAUUCCCACCUUCCUUUUUUCUUUUCCUCCCUCUCUCUUCCCCACCUUCUCUUUCUCUCUUUUAUCUUCUCUGUUUUCAGGUUUACAGCCUCAGGACAAAAGCAAGGAUCUGUACUGGUUUUAGAGCCCAACUUCUUCCCUGUAGGUCUCUGCAUAGUGCAAUUGAUGACUCAGAGCUGAAAUGGAGUGGGUUUGUAACAGCUUCUGAUCUUGGUUUGCAGCUCCUCGUUAUUCCCUCUGUGGUGCAUCCCUUCUGAGCUGAUCUGCUGACCCAGGGUUUCCCCUCCCUUUCCUUUCUGACCAGCCAUGGAGGCUCAGCAUCUGUGCCUCUCACUUCGUGGAUGAGGACAUGGGGGAAGGCAGAGACUUCAAACUUCUCCAUGUAUUGAGAAAAUUAAAAGGCACAUUUAUAGAAAUCUCAUCUAAAGUUAAUCUCUUCCAAAAGAGCAGAUCCAGAGACUCUGAAUUAUUUUCAAUGAUUUUGGCCAAAUCACUGGAAAUAUCUGGUGAGAUUGUUUAGUCAGGUGAUAUGACACCAUAAGCUUUCAUGGAAUGGGAAAAAUAUUUUUUAUGCUGUUGUGAAUUAUUUCAUUAGGCAGUGUGAUCAAUACACUACUGAUGUCAACAUCCUCAGGUUUAAAAAUGUCAUUAAAAUCUGCAACAAAGACUGUAGUAGAGAAGUAAAAAGAAGCCAAUUCUUCCUUCUUCAAGACUCAGCCUCCAGCUUCUUUCCUGCCCAUCUCCUUCCCACAACACCCACUCCAGACAGAAAGACACUUUUUCCUUUGGACUGUGAACAUGGAAGCCUCAGUCUGAAUGUGAGUGGCAAGUGGCUGAUCUGGAGCCACCUGCCCAAGUCUUACUAAAAUGCAGCUGUUGUAGGACAACUGUUUAAAACUCCAGAAAUACAUCGACCAAGGUGGCACUUCCCAGUGUUUGGCAGAACAAUUGCACUGGAUAUAUUAUAUAUAUAUGUAUAUAUCAUCUUUUUUACAAGGAACAUUUUACAAUGAAAGAAGAACCCUGCUCUGCCUUCUCUCCCACAAAUCCUGUCCCUCCCUUUGUCCUCCAGAUGAAAGAUGCAAUAAAAGAUUCCAACUGUCUCCAUGGAAAGGAACAAGAAAUCACCCACCACUAGGGGGAAAAAAAAACAUCUAUGGAGUAAACAACAUCUAGAAUAUUUUUCUCAGUCUCCAAGGUUGUGAUUGGUCACUUUUGUAUUGGAACAGGGGAAAGGGUCUGUGUGUGGGUAAAGGUGAAGGAGAUAAGGAAGAAGAAACAAACAUUAAAGAUGUCUAUUUACUACAAG